CUUAAUUUUAAAAGAAUUGGUUCUAGAAAUAUGGCAAAAGUUUAUCGAGCAGAAAGGAGAGACUUUAAUAAAUUUAUUACUCUAAAGAAAAUUGUUGAAGAAGUAACUAUUAUACAUUUGUUAUUUUUAUUUUAACGUAUUCUUAAAACAUUUCUAUUCAUGUUUUAGAUAAAUUCUUAUAAAAAUAUUAUUUAUUUUUACGGCACUAUAAGAGUAAUGGAAUACGCUGAUAGCGGUACUCUUAAUGUCCUACAUAAUGAAGGAAUUGUGCACCGUGAUUUGCACUCCAAUAUUAUGAUGCUAAGUCAUCAAAAUAUUAAAUUAGCAAAUCUUGGUUCGUCCAGAAGGAUUGUGGAAACGCCCAAUCCUUGUCCACAUGGAUAUUUUCCCAAUAAAUAUGCGAUACUUAUGGUGUCGGUGUAUUAUUAUGGGAAAUAUCUAGUGGACAUUCCCCGUUUCAUACAGAACCAAGAAACAUUUGUGCUCAAAUUGUAGAGAGACAC